GCGUCACAUAUCAACUCCGCUAUCUCCGCACGUGUCUCCCAUCAGCCCAGAAAUAUCCCCAUCAACCAUAACUUCAGCUUCUCUCACCACCUUCCCUCCCCUCCUCCCUCCCUAGUUUCUACCCCUAUCCCCCCUCUAAUCCCAUCCCACCAUGGACCCCAACUGGUUCACCCACCGCCCCCACUGGCAAAAAGUCCUCUGCGCCCUCCUCGCCGGCUUCGUCCUCGGCCUCGGCCUCGGCCUCCUCUCGUCCGCGGUUCUGAUCUACUGCCUGCCGCCGGCGUUCGCAGAGGCAGCGGUGGCGGCGCUAUUGCGGGAUAUAAAUCCGGAGGGAAGAGGAAGGGAGUUUUGGGAGUGUCAG